AUGCAGUAUCCAAGUACCAGUAAGUCGUCAGUUUUUUUUCAUUGGAAAUCAACUGGAACUAUUGAGGUUCCAGUGUUUUAUCCAACCUUGACAGAAAUGGCUGAUUUUCCUGGGUAUAUCAGAAAAAUCGAGGAAGAACACCAAGCGCAUUUGGUUUGUGGGAUAGCCAAGGUCAGUUUCAUUGUGGCUACUGUUCUGUUUGAUACAGUUUACUUCGCUGCAGCAAGUAGUUCUUGUAAAAGAUUAAGGUGGGCAGUAUUAGUGCCGGGUUUACAGAAGUACAAAGUUGGAGAGAACAGAAGAAGCAAUUAUCAGGUUUUAGAGUUAAAAGGCGCGAGGGUUUUAAUCUGUAGGGAGGUUUCAUCAUUUUUAUUGGAGAUGGAAAAUACAAUUGUUCCACCUGCUGAGUACUGUAUGCGGAAGUCGCACGACUACUCUGACGUUGAUAACUAUGUAAUUGAGCAUUUUCUUUUUGCUUUAAGGCCUGUUAAAGAGAAAGUCGAAGGGCAAGGAGGCAUUUAUUGCAAAACGAAUAAGUUGUACAGAAGGUCAAUGACAGUGAAGGAGCUUAGGUCACUCGCGAAUAAAAUGCGUUGUCCCAAAGGAAAUGGUGUACCGCCAGAAGAUAUUGAGAAGCAUUACUGGAAAACAGUAUUGCAAGGAGAACCUAUUUAUGGGGCUGAUACUCCUGGCUCUAUUUGUGACCCAGACUUAAAAGAAUUCAACAUGAAUCGUUUAGGGACGAUUCUUGAUAUGCUAAAUAAUUAUGAAAUAAAAAUCAAAGGUGUAAACACUGUUUAUCUUUAUUUUGGUAUGUGGAAGACGACGUUCCCAUGGCAUGCGGAAGAUAUGGAUCUUUACUCUAUUAACUAUGUUCACUUUGGAGAACCAAAGUUUUGGUAUGCCAUUGCGACCGACUGUACUGAUCGCUUUGAACGUUUUGCGGCUCAGCGAUUCCCAGCAGCAGCGAAAUCCUGCAAAUCUUUCCUUCGUCACAAAAAUUUUAUGAUAUCUCCUUCUGUCUUGAAAAAGAAUAACAUCAAAUAUGGCACGAUGGUUCAAUAUGCGAAUGAAUUUAUAAUCACUUUUCCAAGGGGUUAUCACAUGGGAUUUAAUAUGGGAUACAAUUGUGCUGAAUCUACAAACUUUGCGUCAGAUCGUUGGAUUGAUUAUGGGAAAAAUGCCUCAGUUUGUUCAUGUCGUUCUGACAGUGUUGAAAUUGAUAUGAGGCCUUUUAUGGAGCAGUUUCGACCAGAUGAGUAUAAGGAAUGGUUGCAGUACUGGUAUGGCGAGCGAGUAAUUAAGGACAGAAAGAAAACCCAAGUAUCGAGAAGACAGCCUAUACUUGAAGAAUCGCCAAUAGCUCCGAAGAGACCGUGUCCUGAUUAUGUUAAAAAUGCUUCUUUGAAUUAUGAUUGUGUGGUGUCGCCAAACAAAAACGUUUUUGUUGCUUUUAUUAAGGUCCGUGAACUAUGGUCGUGCCUUCCACCAAAUUUAUAUGCGGAAAAGGAAUUUAAUAAUCGUCGAGCAGCAGAAUCACCACACUGCGCCGUAUGCCAAUAUUUUGUGCCAUCAGCAUUUGUGGAAAGAAAAAAAUGUAUACCAGUGACGUCGAAACGUUAUGUGAAACGUGCUUGGUUUGCGAAGGAAGAUCCUGAUACGUAUCCGGUGAAAGAGGAAGACCCUGAGGAUCGCUUAUUUCGCUGUUCGAACUGUUAUGUUGUUGUUCAUCAAGGAUGUUAUCCCGUAGGGAAUAUUUCUAAUGAAAAUGGGCAGUGGUGCUGUAUUAGAUGUCGACGAAGAGACGACAACGCAGUUAGGAGCGCAAGUUGCAGUUUAUGUGAAUUGCGGGGUGGUGCAUUAAUUCCGUUGGAGGAUGUAGGAGAUUUGUGCCUUAAACCUGAUCUGUAUCUCUCUUCUUGUUUUCUUAGUGGUGGAGAUUUUGUUCAUGUUAUAUGUGCACUGCUGAAUCGUCGAACCGUCUUCGUUAACCCAGAAACUUUAACCUCUGCUUACACCCAACCUUUAUUAAAAUUAAGGAAAGCUCCUCAGUACGACUUAGAACAAGCGUAUAAGGAUGCUUUUGGAGAUAACUGUGAACGUGGAAAAUUUCAGUGUGAUUACUGUCAGAAUUCAAGGGAAGGACUGUUGAAGUGUUUUGUGUGUGAAGAAACAAUGUUUCACGCCACUUGUGCGUAUUUAGCUGGCGUAUCUUUUGAAUUUCGUAAAUGGCCCGAUUUAACUGUGGCAAUUUGUUGCGAUUCACACAAUGCACAUGAAGAUGAUAACCAAGUGGCCGUUGGUGACAAAGUUCGGGUUGCCGUAAGAGACUUCCCAAAUCGUCUUUUCAAGGGAAUCGUUACGAACAUUGACUGUCAGGAAUGUUGUACAGUUCAUUUCAUGGACAGAAAUUGGAGUGACGAUUUGCCUCCUGAAGAUAUCAUAGAUUGUGAAUGUAAAAAAUUGGAGUGUAAGGGGUGGCAUGUCGCGGGAUCUAAGAUUAAAAUUAAGUGGGAUGAUGGUAUAAUUUAUGACGGCAUAUUUCGUAACCGUUAUAUACGUUCGACGUAUACCGUUCAGCUUUCAGCGAAAUACCCGCAUCUUCCAAAAGUGGUGAAAGUUUGUAGGGAGGCUGUAUUUGCUAGAGGUGAAAAGCCAGUUGGUUUAAAAGAAUAA